CUUCAAACGUUCAAAUCAAACAACAAUCAAAAUGAAAGCCAUAUUUGCCCUGGUGAUCGCAUCAUUGGCUGUAGCAGCCCAAGGAUCGUACCUUCAUGGCACCACCGCAGUCGUCACCGGUGCCACUUCCGCAUGGCCCUACAACGCUGGGUGGAACUCGUGGAACGGAUGGAACGGAUGGAACGACUGGAACAACUGGAACGGCUACUAUAACCAGCAUCAUGGCUACCCAUAUGGCCAGGAUUGGUCUCCAGCUUAUGGUGUUUAUGGCGGACACAAGACCGUCGUCCAGGCCAACCUUGGAGCUCAUGCUUCUUAUCCAUGGGGACUGCCAUGGGGAAGCUACGGUGCUGGAUACGCUGGAAACUACGGAUGGGGCAAGAAGGUUGUGUACUGAAAUAAUGAAAUAAUGAUUUUUGAAUAAAGAUUUUAACGGUUUGGCAAUUUA